AUGCCGGGACGACAAUCGCAUGGCCGGUCAUUGAUGGCCGCGCCCAAGGCCAAACCGGGCGGGAAAAAGGGCUCCAAGGCGAGGUCGCAGAUGAAUGCUCUCAAUGCCUUUGGAAUUGCGCAGGAUAUGUACCCCACGAAACACAAGAGAACGCCGCGAGCAAGGGAACUCGAUGCCGAAAUUGAGAGAAAACAUGGGCGAGACGAGGCUGGCGAAGACGACGACGAAGAUGAAGACGAGGAAGAGCAGCCCCGAAGAAAGAAGGCCAAGCGUCCAUCACGGGCAGAUGACGAUGGCGAGGAUGGCAGUGACAGUGAAGGCAAUGAAUGGCGCCUGGGCGGUUUGAGGGACGACGAUGAAGAUUCUGAAAUAGAGAGCGAUGAUGCAUUUGGAGACAGUGAUAAUGAGAAAUUUGAGGAGUAUUCAUUCCGAGGGAGCAAGUCGAAGCCUGAUGAUGAGUCGGAGGACGACUCGAAUGAUGACGAAGGAGAAACUCUUGGCGCAGAGGCUAUUGAUUUGGCGACCGCUCUGGAUCAGUGGGAAGAGGAAUCAGAUGACGAGCUCGAGGCGGAUGGCGAAUCUGGCUCUGGAGAUUCAGAAGAGGACGAAGACGAGUCGGAGGAGGAGGAGGAUGGAUCUAGUGAUGACGAAAGCGAAGACGACGAUGGUGCUGAAGCUGACCUCGAAAAGUUGAAUGCGUUGAAGGGACUCAUUUCACGGUACGGUGGCGAAAAGGAUGAUGACGACAAAUCGAAGUCGGGCACCGGACAGAAGCUUUCCCUCAAAGACUUGGGUCUCACAGGACUGAAUGAUCCAUUCAUGAAGAAGUCCCUCAAGUUGAUGAACAAGGAAGCCAAAGAAAAGCGACCCGGUGUCGUUCAAAAAUUGGCUGUGCCACUGUCCCGACGUGAGCAAGGUCGGCUGGACCGAAGCGUUGCAUACGAAAAGACCAAUGAGACCCUAGAUAGAUGGACGGAAACUGUCAAGCAGAACCGCAGAGCAGAGCACCUCGUGUUCCCGCUUCCUCAAAAUUCAGCCACUGCCGGCCUAGACACUUCGGAGAUUCAGCCUCUCAGCUCAGCCAAGCCUAGCAAUGAGCUUGAAUCCGCCAUCAUGUCUAUCAUGGAACAGAGCGGCCUUUCUAUGAACAAGGAGCCCAAGCCCAAACCUCAAGAGUACGACGAGGAGGGUAACCUGCUCUCACGGAAAGAAGUCCUGGCUCGAAAACGAAUGGAGCGAGAACUCAAUUCCAGAGAAGCCAAGCGAGCCAAGCGCAUCAAAAAGAUCAAGAGCAAAGCAUAUCACAGAGUUCACCGGAAACAACGGGAACGCGACGAAAUGGCUGCCAAGGAAGCUAUGGAGGAAGCCGGAGAGAUUGACUCCGAGGAGGAGAGAGAAGCACAGGACCGUCGACGCGCGUUGGAACGUGUUGGCCAGCGACACAAGGAGAGCAAAUGGGCCAAGAUUGGGUCCAAGACGAAGCGUGCCGUCUGGGACGACGACUUCCGCACCGGCUUGACAGAAAUGGCGAGAAAGGACGAAGAGCUCCGUCGACGAAAAGAAGGCAAGGCGGGCGUCGACGGCGACUCUGACUCCGAUGCAACCAGUAGUUCUGGCAGUGAUGACGACGAUGACGACAUUCGACGCCAGCUAAGGGAGCUGGAAGAGGACAACGACGAGCCUCAGUCAAAACUGAUGAGCAUGAAGUUCAUGCAGAAGGCCGAAGCGGCCAGGAAACGAGCAAACGACGACAUGAUUCGUCAAAUCCGCCGCGACCUCGAUGGCGACACCGCAGACGACUCCGACGACAUGCAAGCCGAUGACGAAGUCGGCCGCAGAAGCUACGGCGCAGCAGACUCAUCCUCCAAACCCGCCCUCGACACAUCAACCCGUGCGCCCAAACGCAGCCGAGUGCCAGAACCCAAAGACACAGACGUCGAUAUCAUCAUCAACAAUACCACCACGACCACGCAGCCACUAGAACCUUCAUCCUCCACAACAGGCGCCUGGUCACGCGGCGAAACGCGGCGCAAGAAAUCCGCCCCCUUGCGUGGCGAAGACCUCGACCUGAGCGCCAACGUCCUCGUCGCCUCACAACCAAAAUCCAAACCCACAAACAGCAACGGCAACGGCGACAGCCGCAACAACGACAGUGACGAAGAUGACUCUGAAACAGAGCAGCACAUGCCCCUGGCCGUCCGGGACCAGGCCCUCGUGGCGCGCGCCUUUGCAGGAGACGACGUCGUCGCCGAGUUCGCUCGCGAAAAGGACGAAAUCGCCGAAGCAGACGACGACAAGGUCAUCGACAAUACCCUUCCGGGCUGGGGGUCCUGGGUCGGCGACGGCGUCAGCAAUCGCGAGAAAAAGAGGCACCAGGGGCGCUUCUUGACAAAAGUAGAGGGUAUCAAGAGGAAGGACAGGAAGGACGCCAAGCUGGACAGGGUGAUUAUCAAUGAGAAGAGGAUCAAAAAGGUACAGUAG